AUGAUGAGUUUUGGAUCAGUUCAUACUUCUACUUCAUGGAUCACUUUGGUUUUGAUUCACUCAGCUAUAUUAUUUUGGACAAGCGCCAACUGCUGGUCUUACCACUACUCAGAAAGCACAAUGAACUGGACUCAGGCUAGGGUCUGGUGCAGGGAGCGUUACACAGACAUGGUGGCCAUCCAGAACCAAGACGAGAUUAAUCACCUCAACGAAUGGCUGCCCAAGAAGGCAGACUACUACUGGAUUGGCAUUCGCAAAGUCAACCAAGUGUGGACGUGGGUGGGCACCAACAAGCCUCUGACAGAAGAAGCAAAGAACUGGGCAGCCAAUGAACCCAACAACGCCAACAAUGAUGCAAAAGGCAGCGAGGACUGUGUGGAGAUGUACAUCAAGAGACAGCAGCAGACGGGCAAAUGGAACGAUGAGAGGUGCGGGAAACUCAAGACUGCCCUAUGCUUUUCAGCUGCCUGCAAAAAUGAUUCCUGUUUACACGGAGAGUGCGUGGAAACCAUAAACAGCCACCGGUGUCAGUGCGAGGAAGGAUUUCACGGAGAAAAGUGCGAGAAUGUGGUUUAUUGUGGCAAAGAUGUGGUUAAAGGAGCCACUUGCACUCACAAGUAUGGAGACUAUGCCUUCGAUACGGAGUGCCAGUUUUCCUGUGACGAGGGCUAUCAGCUGAGCAUGAGCAGACCUCUUCGAUGCACAGCUGACAAAACAUGGUCAGAUCAACCCCCAACUUGUGAAUUAAUGCGCUGUCCGAAGCUGUCCACACCCCAGUGGGGCUCCAUGGAUUGCUCCGAUCCUUUGAAACCCUUCAGUUUUCGGUCCACAUGUGAGUUUGGUUGUGAGAAAGGCUAUGAGCUCAGUGGAACUCAGACGGACACGCUGGUCUGUGGACCGACCGGACAGUGGAACGCAUCACAGCCACAUUGCACUGCUGUUCGGUGCCCAUCGUUACCAGAGCAAAGUCAUCUCAAUACUACAUGUGACGACUUGAGCUUUGGAAGUUUGUGCAGCUUCAGUUGUGCCACAGGCUUCAGUUUGGUGGGAGCCCCGACCCUAACAUGUGCUGCAUCUGCUCAGUGGAACGACAGCAUGCCAUUCUGUCGAGCUGUUCAAUGUCCUGCAAUCCCAGAGAUGGAAAAUGCUGUUGUAGACUGUGAAGGAGAAGCCAAAACAAAGUAUGAGUACGGAAACUCCUGCUGCUUCAGCUGUCUUCCAGGAUAUGCUCUGGUGGGAACAAAAGCGCUAACAUGCACUUCAUCAGCAGAGUGGAGUGGACAUAUCCCUAAAUGCCAAGCAAUGUAUUGUCCAGUGUUUGAGGAAAAAACAAACCUCUUAGUAAAGUGUAAUCAUGACCUAUCAGAGCUGGCACCUGGCUCCACGUGUAGCUUCAGCUGCGACCCUGGCUUUCAUCUUCAGGGAGCGGAAAACCUCCAGUGCUUAGACGAUGUGCAGUGGGACCACGCUAUGCCAACAUGCGAAGUAAUGCGCUGUCCGAAGCUGUCCAGACCACAGUGGGGCUCCAUGGAUUGCUCCGAUCCUUUGAAACCCUUCAGUUUUCGGUCCACAUGUGAGUUUUCUUGUGAGAAAGGCUAUGAGCUCAGUGGAACUCAGACGGACACACUGGUCUGUGGACCGACCGGACAGUGGAACGCAUCACAGCCACAUUGCACUGCUGUUCGGUGCCCAUCGUUACCAGAGCAAAGUCAUCUCAAUACUACAUGUGAUGACUUGAGCUUUGGAAGUUCGUGCAGCUUCAGUUGUGCCACAGGCUUCAGUUUGGUGGGAGCCCCGACCAUAACAUGUGCUGCAUCUGCUCAAUGGAACGACAGCAUGCCAUUCUGUCAAGCUGUUCAAUGUCCUGCAAUCCCAAAGAUGAAAAAUACUGUCGUACACUGUGGAAAUGCCAAAACAAAGUAUACGUAUGGAAACUCUUGUAGCUUCAGUUGUGCGACAGGUUUCAAUCUGGUGGGAGUGGAAACCAUCACAUGCUCUUCAUCUGCUCAAUGGACUGAGAGCAUGCCAUUCUGUCAAGUUGUUGCUUGCCCACUGCUGGAGGCUCCAAAAAAUGGCCACAUUAACUGCUCAUUACAAGAGUCUGUGUACGACUCGGACUGUGCCUUCAGCUGUGAUCAGGACUAUACACUGGACGGGCCUGCCAUUCUUACCUGUACUCAGCAUGGCAACUGGACUGGAGACUUGCCCACCUGCAAAUCUGCACCAUCUCAGUCCACCCUCAUUGCCACCGCAUCAGCAGCAGGGGGCGCUGUUUCGCUGUCUGCGCUCUCUCUGGCCAUGUGGAUACUGAAAAGGCUCAAGAAUAAAGCAUCUAAGUUUGACCUAAGCAGCUCUGACAUCGAGGUUCCUCCACAACACUACAAAAGCAGCAUUGACAGCCUAUUAUAG